AGAGCCCUUUUCCUUCAGCUCCUGCCACCUUUAGGUCCUAAGAGCUGCCUAGCAUGGGAGGUCGGUGGUGGUGCUGCUGCUACUGCUGCUUAUCUGCUGAGGAGCGCGAGAACGAGCGCCUGAACCGGGAGAUUGAGCGGCAGCUGCGCAAGGAUAAGCGAGAUGCGAGUAAGGAGCUCAAGUUACUGCUGCUUGGUACAGGGGAAAGCGGAAAAAGUACAUUUAUUAAACAAAUGAGGAUAAUUCAUGGGUCUGGCUAUACAGAAGAUGACCGAAAGGGCUUUGCAAAAUUGGUUUAUCAAAACAUAUUUACUGCUAUGCAAACUAUGAUCCGAGCCAUGGACACUUUAAAUAUACAAUAUUCAUCAGAGCAGAACAAGGAGAAUAGCAAGAUGAUUGGAGAAGUGGAGGUGGACAAAAUCACAACACUGGAAAAGAAACACAUAGAAGCAAUUAAGAAGCUGUGGGAGGACCCAGGAAUCCAAGAAUGCUAUGACAGGAGGAGAGAAUACCAGUUGUCUGAUUCGGCUAAGUAUUACCUUUCAGACAUGGACCGUAUUGCCAUGCCAUCAUAUGUGCCAACACAGCAAGAUGUACUCAGAGUAAGAGUGCCAACUACUGGAAUUAUUGAAUACCCCUUUGAUUUAGAAAAAACGAUAUUUAGAAUGGUGGAUGUUGGUGGACAGAGGUCAGAAAGAAGAAAGUGGAUUCACUGUUUUGAAAGUGUUACCUCCAUAAUAUUCUUAGUUGCUCUAAGUGAAUAUGAUCAAGUCUUGGCAGAAUGUGACAAUGAGAAUCGGAUGGAAGAAAGCAAGGCUUUAUUUAAAACAAUUAUCACUUACCCUUGGUUUCUGAAUUCUUCGGUUAUCUUGUUCUUAAACAAAAAAGAUCUUUUGGAAGAGAAGAUUAUGCAUUCCCAUUUAAUUACCUAUUUCCCACAGUUCACAGGACCUAAGCAAGAUGUCAAAGCUGCCAGAGAGUUUAUUUUGAAGUUAUACCAGGAUCAGAAUCCAGAAAACGAGAAAGUGAUUUAUUCCCAUUUUACAUGUGCCACUGACACAGAGAAUAUUCGAUUUGUCUUUGCUGCUGUCAAGGACACCAUACUGCAGCUGAAUCUAAAGGAGUUCAGUCUGGUGUGAAUAACGUGCAGAUUUUGAUCUUACUAAGCGACUUUCACCCUGGCUGUGUUAAAUGCAACAGUAACACUAGCUAGUUCUGUGUACAUGCAGCAGAUGGUUUCUGUUUUUA